AUGCUUUCUCAUUGGGGAAAGAUAGAUAUUGCUUGCUUUACAACGCGGGACUUGGAAGAUUUGGUUCAAGGGUGGAAGGCCCGGGGAGGCGUCAAAUCGGUGGUGGACUUCCAAGACUUCCGGAAAGCCUGUCAGCCAAUUCAGUCUUAUCUUUUGCGCAAGGAUCAUAUUGAUUCCGUCGAAGAAAUCAAGCGGUUGUAUUAUCAGUCUUUCUUUCUCGGCCUUCAAGAGCGCAUUCGCGACCAACUAAUUAAGGACAAGACUAUGAUCACUACUCAGGACAACAGGUUUAAGCUACCGACUUUUGAAAUCUUGAAGAAAGCCGUUGAAGAGGUGAUGAAAAGUCAGACAGUGCUUACCUUCAAAAGCUCACGCGCCGAGGUUCCGGUUCCUGUCAAUGCGUUCAAGCAAUCUAACGAUGUAAUGCUCAAAAUGGAGACUGAUCGUUGCCCCAAGGAAACCCCUAGUCAAGUUAGGGCCCCCGCAACCGUGGAUGAGAUCAAACGCAUGCUGCAGUCGUUUGAACAGCGAUUGGAGCAGAAGUUUACGGCUCAGGCGAGGCCGUCAACGCCGCGAGGGCCCAUGGUCUGCUACUAUUGCCAUCGUGAGGGUCACGGACUUGGUCGAUGCGCCGAGCUGCAAAAAUACAAGGAGGCUAAGUUGGUGGAGCAGCGCGGCGGCAGUUUUUUUUCUUCCAAAUGGAGCGCUUAUCCCAGUGGACAACUCUUGUCCCAUUCGACAUGUGGUAGCAUCCUACAGUCCGAAGGCCGCGACUGCUAG